AUGGAAUCUUAUAGAUAUAAUUUUUGCAUUGUCCAUCCAUUGUUCAAAUCUUUUAUCUAUGAUAUGACAUCAUGGUUUUUAUCUGUCACUUUAUUUUCGAUUGGACAAGUCGUCAUUGAAAUUGAAUGCUGUAUGGAUUUAAGUACAGAUCGUGGCAUAAAAUAACUAAAGCUGAACUGAUAAAAAAUAAAACAUUGGCCUCCGGAGCUGUGAUGGAAUCUUACUUUAACGAUACAAGCAGACGAAAAAAGUCUACAGUGGAGGGUUACAAAUGAUUAGUAAUACAACUUCUAAGACACUCUUAUAAUUUGGUUGAUCGCUGAUCGACACAUUUUAUGUGCGCGUGAAGGUGACAUGAGCACAAACAAGAGGCGCGGAGCUAGCAGUUCCAGUUGUACCGUCCCCGGGGUGCCAGCGCUCGUGAACGUGUCGACCGCGAUGUCCGCAGACCUAGCGUCACUGUUCGAAUGCCCGGUGUGUUUCGAUUAUGUACUGCCACCCAUCCUGCAAUGCCAAAGCGGGCACCUCGUGUGCUCGAGCUGUCGCCCCAAAUUGUCCUGCUGCCCGACCUGCCGCGGCCCCCUCGGCAACAUCCGCAACCUGGCCAUGGAAAAAGUUGCUAGUAACGUGAUGUUUCCUUGCAAGCAUUCUAACACAGGUUGCACAGUCACCCUUGUCCAUACAGAAAAAGCGGAACAUGAGGAAGCAUGUGAGUUCAGGCCCUAUUCCUGCCCCUGUCCAGGAGCCUCAUGCAAGUGGCAAGGUGGUCUGGACCAGGUUAUGCCACACCUUAUGAUGUCUCACAAAAGCAUUACAACGCUGCAAGGUGAAGAUAUAGUGUUUCUGGCUACUGACAUUAAUCUGCCCGGAGCUGUCGAUUGGGUGAUGAUGCAGUCUUGUUUCAAUCAUCAUUUUAUGUUAGUACUAGAGAAGCAAGAAAAAUUUGAUGGCCACCAGCAAUUUUUUGCCAUUGUUCAACUAAUAGGUUCACGAAAGGAAGCCGAGAAUUUUGCAUAUCGGCUUGAACUGAAUGGUCACAGACGAAGGCUAACCUGGGAGGCGAUGCCACGUUCCAUACAUGAGGGUGUUUCAUCGGCCAUUAUGAACUCUGAUUGUCUUGUGUUCGACACCUCCCUUGCACAACUGUUUGCGGACAACGGGAACCUCGGAAUAAAUGUCACAAUAUCUAUUGCUUAAUAUACACUGCCAUUAUACCGAUGGAUUACCAAACAGAACUUAUAGCAUUGAGUGUUAAGUAUUUUUUAAUGUUUUCAAGCCAAUGAAAGGAUACCAGAACAGAAAUCGAGAUGUAGAUAGAUAUAACUAUUAAAUUAUAUAUAUAUAUAUAAAUAUAUAUAAAAAAACAUAUUUUGUAUGACACAAUAAAUUUAGCAAUACAAGCAGAUAGCUCUCAUAAUACAAGAAUAUUUACAUGGGUUUGAUUACCAAAUUAAUGUUAUGUAAUGGCAAAAUUAUUCUGUACUUUUUUUGUCUCAGUUUGUGUGUUCAAAAUUAGAUUUAAGUAGAGGGAAGGGGAAUUCAUUGAUCGGAAGGGAUUCCGUCUUUGAUUCCAGCUUGUGACAUGUGAUUAUGAUAUUCCAAUGAACAAUUAUUUUCUAUUAUAGUUUGUAUAUAUGCAUGUGGGUAAGGUUCAGAAAUAUAUUUAAUUUGCCGAACAUUGGUUGCAUACGAAUACCGAUCUAAUGUUAUUCAACGAGUGAAGCGACCGAACCUAUCAUUCUAUAUUCGCUUCCUUUAAACUGUAUUUAUCUCAGUAUUAUAUGGUUGUGUUGCAUGUAUAAAUUUUUUUAAAUUUACCUUAGGCCAUGCAAUAUAUAUUUCUCUCAAGUUGCAUAACGGACAUUGUAUUUAACGCUGGAAUUAAUCAAAAAUUUGUUGUGCAUCAUUUUAAAAUUACACCGAGGACAUUUAAUCAUAUUUACAAUUGUUUCUUAAAAAAUUAAUCAGUAAUGCAUAAUGACAUGUAACAUGUAUGCACAAUGUGUGACCGCCCAACAUAAUUUGAAUGAUUACCUUAUGUACUGUUGAAGGUUUGGUUGUUGUUGUUUUAUUUAUGAAGAUCCAUGUUACUUAUAAAAUAUUUACUCCUCAAUUCGUUUCUCACUUAGUCGUGGCGUGGAUCAGUUACUUAGUAUAGUUUUAUUAUUUAAUAUUUUGUAAAUUUUAGGUGAAGCAAAGUUUAUGAAAGAAAAUGCUUUUAAUAAAUUUUGUAAAUGUAA